AGGGGAUUAUGCUCCUUACGACGUUUCUCUUUGCUCGCACUCCUGCCCUGAAUCCGGCCUAGCGCGGAUCUCACCAAAAGAGGAGGUCAGCCAAUCAGAGCGAGCGAAACUGCCUGGUCUUGGCCUGAAGCGGUUGUGAGCGAGAGCAGCUGGCUAGGACGUGUCGUUGACUGAGAGCUCGAGCGUCCGUCGAUAUCAAGUUAUUAAAGCACUCUCGAUCUCUUUGUGUGUCCCAACUUUCACUUGUUCUUUUUGAGGAACUCCUUCAGGUCGACGAAUCGUCUCGAGCCAAUUUCAACAACAAGGCCAACAACAGUGCCGACGCAAUCAGAUUCAAGGCAAAUACUUCCCCCCCAUCACUGGAGUACCAUUGCACAACACACCAUGGCUGUCCCUACCGAUACAGGACAUACCGAGGAGAAGGUCUUCCGCGCCUACAGCUCCGAGCAAGGACGGCAUUAUGCCAGUGCUCGCACUGCUUAUCCCCAAGUCGUCUACGACACAGUUGUCGACUUUCACACUACCACAGGCGGUCACUUCGGAACGAUAAUGGACGUCGGCUGUGGCCCUGGUCCGGUUGUCCGGAAACUCGCGACAAAAUUCGAACACGCUACAGGUGUCGACCCGAGCCCCGGUAUGAUCGAGUCAGCCACCAUCCUUGGUGGGUUGUCUGGCUCAUCCAAGCCUAUCGACUUUGUUGUUUCAAGGGCAGAGACUCUCGAGGGCAUAGCGGAUAGCAGCAUCGACCUAGUCACAGUCGCCGCAGCCGCGCAUUGGUUCGACAUGACCGAAUUUUGGCCACGUCUCGCACAGGUCGUACGUCCUGGCGGCACAGUCGCGGUUUGGAGCAGCAGCGCAAAGAUGCCGCACUCCUCGAACCCCAACGCCACGGCGCUCACCAAGCUCCUCACCAACCUCACAGACAACGACCUAGAGCCUCACAUGGCCCGGGGAAAUAAGAUUGGCAGGUCAAGGUACUCAGAGCUUCUGUUGCCAUGGACCAUAGACCACCCUGUUCCCGAAUUCGAUGCGGCAUCGUUCCAGAGAUUGAUCUGGGUGCCGGAGGGGGAGGCUGUGCAGGAGGGCGAACUAGCAGUGCCUAUCGAGACUCUGACGAUGGAUGAUCUCGAGAGGAUAGCAGACACAAUGAGCCCCAUUACAAGAUGGAGAGAAGCACAUCCAGAUCUGGCUGGCACCGAGCGAGACCUGGUCAAGGCUUCGAGGAGAAAGAUUGAGGCUGUCCUGUCCGAGGGCGGCGCUCAGAGUGACAACCUGGUUCUCAGGAUGACCUCGCCUGGUGUGCUCUUGCUCUUCAAGCGGGUGUGAUCCAGCACUCUGGGCUGUCGAAUGGGAAGAACUACGUACUUACACCCUCAGGACAACAACGCCUGCCUCUUGUGCAGAAAAGAUUGGCACCUGCCUGAGUGGUCGGAUAUCUUUGUCCAGCAGCAAGCACAUCUACACCAUAGAGCCGUUGAAGUAAAGCACAGACGACCUGCAGCCAAAUGCCUCGACACUGCCUGUGACUGAAAUGUGUGACUGUGUGAUCUGUGACGCCACGAUGCGAAGUCGUGGUCGUCUGUUGUUGAUCUCGCUGCACUG